UAUUUUGGCGGUUAAUUCUAGUUUGGGUGUACAAGAGAUCUCCAGCAAAAAAUAUUUCCACAUAAUCUCGUUUAUUGCUAGUAUAUCUAAACCGAUAAUCAUAAUUCAGGCUAUAACCAGUUAACUUUAGGCCUCCAUGCCUCUAAAGACGUAAAUCAUGCUUUGCAUUAAGAAUUAAAAGAACAUACUACAAUUGAUAUAUUUCAACUUAACCACAAGGUAUAUCUUAACACCAACACAUGCUUCACUUAUUUCUAGACAAAGAUGACUCUAGCAUCCUUCCAAGAAGCUUUUCCAAUGUGGAAAAUGUUGGACGAGCUGGUGGACUCUCUGCUAUCAAAACCAGGCCCGAUAGAUAAAAAAGCGAUUCAAUCUCUGACCAACACUUGCAUGCAUAAGAAGUUUAUUCCCACAUUUAUAUGCCAAAAAGAUCCCACUAUUAGUUUUAAGGAGUACGAGGAUAUUACUGAGCAAUACUUUUCAUUCACCUCUUGGCUUUUGGGACAUUUUUUCUACUUACUUAGCCGGGACGAUGAUGAGAUCUUAGUGGAUGCCCAGUUGUUUAUUAUUGAUCAGUUAUCGAGGACCCAGUUGCAUAUUUAUGCCAGGUUCGAAGAAGAAUAUUGUAAAGCCAGUGAGAUUUUAUGUGGGUAUUUGGCAGAUCAUUCCAAGGAUGUUGUAGUAAACGUUUUUGACCUUAAAAAGCACAAAGAGCUUAGCAAAAAGUUACACUUAAAAAGUGCCUUAAUUGAAUUGAAGAGUAAACAGAUGUGCCUUAAGCUUAUAGAGAAACUUUUAAGGGUAUUGAAGUUUAUUUUACUAGAAAGUUCCAUUUUGGGUAUAGGUACAGAGCAUGCCUCACAAUCCAUUUUAAAAGACUUACUGUUCUUAUUGAGUGAGGGGCAUUUUGAACUGAAAAUUUUUGAUAUAUUCAGCAGCUUAUUGGGGAGGGUGAAUUAUAAUAUUGGGGACUGCCACUCGAUUUUGCGAUUGUUUUUUUCACUUUUUGAGCAGUUUCUGUAUGAUUUUUACAACAACCAGAACCCCACGAAGAUUAGUGAAAGUUUAUUUGAUGCGGUACUAGUUCAAUAUUUGGAAACUUGUUACUCCCUUAAGGCCGAUAUCGGCCAAAAUAAUGAAAGAAUUACAAGUUUUCUAGUUGAAUUUUGCUUAUCAAAGCAGCACUUAAAAGUUCAACCCUGUGAUAGAGUGAAAGAACUGAUAUGUAAGUACCCUAAUAAGUCAGAGAAUUUUUAUUGUAAUGAGGCUUUUGUUGACAAAAUGGUUUAUUAUAAUGAGCAUAAUGUGAUGCAUCUGAUGGCCCCAAAGAUAUUGGAAGAAAUAUCUUCUUACCAUGAUAAUCAUACGAAAGCUUCCUUAAUAGACGUUUUUGAGGCGAGUGCAACCUGGAAAUUGAUUUGCAAUAAAAUUAACCUGCACUGGUCCGACCAAAAAUGCACCAACUUAAGCUGCACCUUGCAACCAAGACUGCAGUUUUUCAUAAAAAUUUUCCCAAUUUUAUUAGGGAUCAGGAUAAAACUUAAAAAAGUUUCCUCCAUAACCUUUUUCAAUGGAAACAUCGUGAUACCCCAUCUACUCUCACACUUGGCUAAACAUUACGCCAAUUGCUCUCAUCUGCUUCAAAUAGAACCAAUCAUGGAAACCCUUACAGAACAUUUAAGUGUUUCCGAGUGUCAAAAUAUGGACAUAAUCUACCAUUUAAUAGGCGGUAAGUUGCUUAUGGAGACCUGCUAUAAAGCAACUGGGUCCAUGCCUACCAAUUAUAUUGGUCCUGUGCAAGAAAGGGCAAAAUUGAGGGCUGAUAUUGGGUUUUUAUAUGAAGCCCUCUCGAACGAUAAGAGACUGAGUACUGCUGAUGUUUUAAAGUAUAUUAAUCGGUUCUUUUAUUGGGUUUUGAGUGGGCUUAUCAAGAAUUUCAAUAGGAGCCAAAUUGACCAGAUUGAGCUGCUGCAUAUGAAGGUGCUGAAGAACUUACGGAAAUCUGAGGAUCCUGCUAUACUAUGUCAGGUUCUCGAAAACAUCCCGCACCUCCUGAACCUGUUUUCUGACAAGGACCAAGUGAUAACGAGUAUACUACUGAAACUUUUACCAACUACAAACCCUUUGGCCCAAGAAAAAAUCGCGGAAAUCCUUCCUACGAUCCUCUGUACCGCCUCCAGCUACUUCAUCAAACAAAUUUCCACGAACAACGAUUCCGUCAGGAUCUUAUGCAAAUCCUGUUUGUCCGAAGAAACGAUUUUCCACGAAACGGAGACGUUAAACGUCACGUUUUCGAAAAACGACGGGGACGUGGCCCAAAUAGUCAUCACCUUAUUGAAAACCAUUAUCCAGUAUUUAAGUCGUGCUUCCGAACAAGUGAAAGUGAAGGCGAUCCAGGCCCUACCCAGUUUAUCGGAGCAUAUUGGGAAAUUUUCCAGUCCGGACGUCACGAACAUCUGGAUCGAAUGUGCCGGCGACAAAAAAGUCUUAAUAAGAAAAAGUCUGAUCCGAGUUAUACGUCGAACAGUCCAGAGCACCUUGCGUCACGUUUCUUUACGGGAAACAACGAAAACUCAAACUUUAGACGCGGUGCUAUCAACUCUGCUACGCUUAUCGAAAAAAUCCCUUCAAUAUUCCGAGUACGAACUUCAAAACACUUUAAUAGAAACCGUGGAUGAAUUGGGACAGAUUGAAAAUUCCCGGAUUAAGUUGGAGUGUAUGAGGAUUUUCUUAUAUUUCGUUAUGGUGCCUACAUCGAUGCAUAGAUUUAUAGCGGUGAGCAGAUGCGCCAAAUUGUCCGACAGGGACGGUUCUGGGAUCCUCUUGGUUUAUAAACGGAAUAUCGAUGCCAUUUGCGAGACCAUCGUGCAUCUUUGCUAUUGUAAUCAGUAUUUGAUUAGUGCUUCUUUGCAAGAGUCUUUGGUGCACGCUUCGGUCAUUAUUGGUUACAAUAAUGCCGAAGACUUGAUUAGAAAGUCGGCGAACAAGCUGCUACCCCACCUGGUGUCCAAAACGGUCGUAGAACCGAAUGUAACUAAGCUGAUCGAAGAAAUGGCCGGAAUAAUGGAAAUGGACUUGUCUGAACUGAUAGCCAGGAACUACGGGGACGUGUUUUUACAUUUAUUCCUUGGCGAUAUGGCCCCGGCCGAUUCCAAAAAGUGUUUGAAUUAUUUGGAGAAUUGCACUCACUUGAGCGGACCCAGGCUAAGGAAACAAAAUAUAAAAGUGAUUCUCAACGAACUAUUACUAAACUUCCACGAGAAACGCCAAAAGGUCCUCACGUGCCUCAAACUCCUCUUAGACGAGGACAACACCACCGCGGCCACCUCGAUAGAAGAAUACCUGCAGCCGUACUUUUUAGCCUUUUUACUCUACUUCGAUUUGGCAUUGACCUCCGAACAUUCGAAGAAAGACAAGAUCCUACUGAGUUUAGCGGACUUAUUAAGAUUUAUGGGCACCAAUCGAAUUAUGCCUUUGAGAUUUAAGAUUCUCUCGAUGUUCCAGACCGCCCAUUUCCUUCAACAUCCCGAGACGUCGUGCGAGGUAUGGGAUGCGUUCAUUCGUACGUGCGAACUGGACUGUUUGGGGCCACAUUUGGCCGCCGUUUUUUCCUCGAUGUUGCCCUUAAUCGAACAAUGUCCCAAUAAAGUGAAUAAGAUGUUUCAGUAUUUGAUUGUGGGACCGAACGAGCACGUUUUCAAGGAAUUUAUACCGGAUUUGUUUUUUGUUAGUAGCGGCUAUUUGGCCUCCGACGUUGCCGCCGUUAUCGGGAAGUAUGUGAAGGUCAUUGACGGUAUGACGUUGAAGGAGCGGAUACAGAAGUUUUUAAGGAACUUACAACACGACGCCCUAGAAGUGCGAAUGCACAGCCUAAAACAACUGAAGAGAUGUUUCGAAGAAAACCGGGAGGAAUUAGACGAAAUGAUCCUGGGAUAUAACGGGAUCGACGGUGCCAUUGUGGAAUUAAUCGAUUACCUCACGUUGGGUUGCAGGGAGAAGGAUUUGGGGCUGAAAUUGGCCUGCGGGGAACUUUUCGGGGAGUUAGGAGCGAUCGAGCCGAGUAACUUACCCAGGAGGUACACUCGCGGGGACAAUACCUUUGUUUUCUUUAUUACCGAGGAUGCUUUCAUUGAAAGGUCGUUAAAUGAGCUGAUAAAGGCUUUUCAAACUGAUAAAAAUGCCAGGAACACCGACCGAGUGGCCUUAGCAAUCCAGGAAAUCCUCAACACGUACCAAAUAUCGCCGGACGAGUCGAAAACCCGCCAUUUCAUGUGGAACAAAUUCUCUGAAGCCCAAAGGGACGUGAUGACGCCCCUGUUAUCGUCCAAAUACAUCUGCGUCGAAAAGUUCACGUGUUACCCCUGCCCUUUAUACGGUACCAGUGACGGAUCCACGUUCCAGUCAUGGAUUUACAAUUGGACCUCGAGUUUGAUCAACAUUCUUGCCCCAGAAGAGAAAUCGUUGCUCCAAAGCUGUCUGCCCAGCAUGAAAUUGGACAAACGGGUGUUGAUGCACUUCCUGCCCUACAUCUUGCUGCACUCUUUGCUGGAGGAGUUUAAUAUAAACGAGGAAAGGUGUUUUAUCGAGUUCAACACGAUUUUGGAGAGUUUUAAUUCGAGGCGUACCAUAAACGAGGCCAUUUUAAAUAACCGCCCAAUUCCUUCUCCGGUAAUCAAAGCGACCGCCAAAGAAGUGGUGGUCGAGGAAGAGAAACAAGCGAAGUGCACCAAAGUGGUUUUCAUCCUGCUGGACUUCCUGGACCGAUGGCUCCGAGAGUGGCUCUGGCAAAAAGGUCCCCACGCCAGUUUGGAUAAGAAUUAUCAAACGAUUCGCAAAUUUAUGAAGAAGUUUUGCAAACUGGACCUGGCCAAGUGCAACUAUAAAUGCGGAGAAUAUCCGAGGGCGCUGAUGUACCUCGAGGACUAUAUCACCGAGAAUCCCAACGAAAUGUCCGCAAAUUUACAAUUUUUAGGCGAAAUUUAUGCCCAAUUGGACGAGCCUGAUGGGGUCCUGGGCGUAGAACCCUUACAGCAAGAGGAACCCUCCCUAGAGCAAAAACUACUCGCGCUAGAAGUCUCCGGAAAACUAAACGACGCGGUGGCCAUCUACGAAAGGAUGCCCAGACCGUUAAAACUCCAACACAUACAAGGUUUAUUACAAUGUUAUUUGGACCUGGACAAGUUGAAUACGGCCCUGUAUUCGGCCGAGGGAGCCCUGGAACUGCAGCCCGAGUUCAGCGAUAUGCUGUUCGAAAUGCAAGCGGAGGCGUUAUGGAGACUCGGCUCUUAUGACGAUCUGGAUAAUUUGCUGUCCAAGCCGGGAGUGGCAGAUGCGAGAGGUUGGGGUGUCCAGGUCGGCAGGAGCUUAAUAUGCAUCAAAAAUGACCAACGCGACGAGUUCAAAGAACUAAUCGAAUCCCUGAAAAAACAACAAGUGGAAUCGUUCGGAGCGACCAGUUUGGAGGAAGGGGCGUACCAUCACGGGUACGGCUACAUCACCCGCCUCCACUGCCUGAACGAGCUCGAACAACUGGAGAAAACCCUCAACGAUCUCUUCUUGAAACCGAACGAUUCCAACUAUGCCGAGACGAUCAUGACGCAUCUGUCGAAAGAGUGGCAAUUGCGGAUCAAAGUGGUGCAAGAGAGCGUCAGGAUAAUGGAACCGUUGCUCUGUAUCCGGAGGGUGGCCCUCAGUUUGGCCAGGAACAUAUCGGAGAAGAAAGCGCCGCAGGCUUUGCCCUAUUUCGAUAAUUUGUUGGGCGAAAUGUGGCUGCAGAGCGUUAAUGUUGCCCGGUCCGCUGGGGUUCAUCAGGCUUAUACGUACGUAUUGGACGCCCAAAAGUACAACCCGCCCAAACUGUUUAUCGAAAAGGCGAAACUUCACUGGUUAAGGGAGGAGCACGAAGAAGCCCUGAUUACCCUCAGGAGGGGCCUGAAUUUGUACAUACCAGAUAAUAUUAACAGUCAAGAAUCUCAACAGGUUAUUGCCAACUUAAGUUUAGAAAAGAAGAAACUGUGUGCAGAAGCGAGACUCCUUAUAGCGACCUACAAUGACGACAUUUGUAGUGUCGACGUGGAAACCAACCUGCAGCAAUAUAAAGAGGCCAACGAGGUGUACAAAGAGUGGGAGAAGAGCAUUGUUUGCCUGGCCCAAUACCAAGACCGCAUCUUCCAAAACUACUCGGCAGAAGAACGUGACACCAAGGCGAACGAACUUCAACUGCACAUCGUGCACAACUUCGGCAAAUCCCUGUAUUACGGCACGACGUACGUUUACCAAUCGAUGCCGAGACUGUUGUCCAUUUGGUUCGAUUACGGUACCCGUUUACUGGACGUUACGAACAACACCGUGAAAGAGGAGAGACGGAACAUCCUGAUCAAAAUGACGAAGAUCAUCGACAGUUUUUUGAACAAACUGCCCGCGUACGUGUUCCUCACGUCGUUCUCGCAAAUCAUUUCGAGGAUCGCGCAUCCCCAGAAGGAGGUCUACAUGCAACUGAAGGCCAUAAUUAUUAAAUUGAUGCAGCAUUAUCCGCAGCAGUGUUUGUGGAUGAUCAGUUCUGUUAUUAAGUCCAGUUACCCAAUACGAGCAAAAAGAUGUGCGGAAAUCUUGGGGGAUCCGAGACUAAAAACCCAAUCGAUGUCGCGACUAAUCAAAGAUUUCACCAGUUUAACCGAGAAAUUAAUCGAACUUUGCAAUAAGGAAAUCCCUACCGAUGUGAGCAAAACCACUGUCAGUUUACUGGUAAGAGCCUUACCGCGGAUGCUUAACAAGGGAGAUUUCAGCGAAAUCAUGAUGCCCACCCAUAAAUUCAGAAAACUGAUUUUACCGAAUCCCGAUUUUAAAAAUACGCAGCAUAAUCCGUUUCCGAAUCGUUACGUGCAUAUUGCGGGGAUCGACGACGAAAUUAGUGUGUUAACCAGUUUACAACGGCCGAGGAAGAUUAGUUUUAGAGGGUCAGAUGGACAUAGUUAUACGUUCAUGCUAAAACCCAAAGACGACCUGCGCAAAGACUUCCGCUUAAUGGAGUUCAACGAUAUCGUGAACCAUUUGUUGCAAAGGGAGGCGGAGGCGCGUCAAAGGAGACUCAACAUCCGUUUGUAUUCGGUCGCCCCGUUGAACGAGGAAUGCGGUCUCAUCGAGUGGGUCAACGAUCUGAUCGGUCUAAGGCCCAUUUUGAUGUCGCUUUAUAAGCAAAAGGAUAUGGGAAUGCGCCCGCGAGAGAUCAAAGAAGUAUGCUGUAACCUAAGAGAUCCCCUGAUGAAGAAACGUGAAGUUUUCAAGAACGUUUUACUGAAGAACCAUCCCCCGGUGCUGGGAGAUUGGUUUAGGAAAACCUUUCACGACGCCCAGACAUGGUUAACUGCCAGGACAGGAUACAUCAGGACCACAGCAGUCAUCUCAAUCACCGGUUACAUGUUAGGAUUGGGAGACCGACACGGUGAAAAUAUCCUCUUAGAUUCCACUUGCGGCGACGUCGUUCACGUGGACUUUAAUUGUUUAUUCAAUAAAGGUGAAACCUUCGAAUGGCCAGAACGCGUACCGUUCCGGCUCACACAGAACAUGAUCGCCGCCAUGGGUCCCUUGGGAGUCGAGGGAGUUUUCCGGAAAUCUUGCGAGGUCACCCUAAAGGUUCUCAGAUCGAAUACCGCGACUCUGAUGUCGAUAGUGACCCCAUUCGUUUACGAUCCUUUGGUGUCUUGGCCGAGGAACGCUCAAGGUUCCGGCCAAAAUUCCGAGAAGGUGAAUGAACAGGCUCUGGAGUAUAUCAAGAAUAUAGAGUUAAGGCUGCAGGGCAAAGUGAAAACGAGAAACCGCACCAUGUCCCAUUGUUUGUCCAUCGAAGGGCAAAUCGAUUAUCUCAUUAAUGAGGCUAAAAGUUUGGACAAUUUGUGUCAGAUGUAUAUCGGAUGGGGUCCCUACUUGUAACUGUUUAGGUUAAGUUUGUUUUUUGAAUAUAUUUUUUUUU